AUGUGGCGCGUUCCCGGUCUGUUCUGUGUCCACGUUGCAAGGAAGAGCAAGUUCUCCGGACCUUGGAACAGGCCUGCCGCCUUCAUGUCCACUCUGCUCAUCGAUCAGCCCCAAUAUGCUUGGCUGAAGGAGCUGGGGCUCCGCGAGGAAAACGACGGCGUGUAUAAUGGAAGCUGGGGAGGCCGGGGAGAGGUUAUCACCACCUAUUGUCCUGCUAACAAUGAGCCCAUUGCAAGAGUCAGACAGGCCAGCAUGGCUGACUAUGAAGAAACUGUAAAGAAAGCAAGAGAAGCAUGGAGCAUCUGGGCAGAUAUUCCUGCUCCAAAGCGAGGAGAAGUAGUGAGACAGAUUGGUGAUGCCUUGCGGGAGAAGAUCCAAGUACUAGGAAGCUUGGUGUCUUUGGAGAUGGGGAAGAUCUUGGUGGAAGGUGUGGGAGAAGUUCAGGAAUACGUGGAUGUUUGUGAUUAUGCUGUUGGCUUAUCUCGGAUGAUUGGGGGACCCAUCCUGCCUUCUGAAAGACCUGGCCAUGCUCUCCUUGAACAGUGGAAUCCUGUAGGCCUGGUCGGAGUCAUCACUGCGUUCAACUUUCCUGUGGCCGUGUACGGCUGGAACAGCGCCAUUGCCAUGAUCGGUGGGAAUGCUUGCCUGUGGAAAGGAGCACCUACAACUUCCCUCAUUAGUGUGGCUGUCACAAAGAUAAUAGCCAAAGUCCUGGAGGACAACAAGCUGCCUGGUGCAAUUUGUUCCUUGACUUGCGGUGGAGCGGAUAUCGGCACAGCUAUGGCCAAGGAUGAGCGCGUGGACCUGUUGUCCUUCACCGGGAGCACGCAGGUGGGAAAACAGGUGGCCCUAAUGGUGCAGGAGAGGUUUGGUAAAAGUUUAUUAGAACUUGGAGGAAACAAUGCCAUUAUAGCCUUUGAGGACGCGGACCUCAGCUUAGUCGUCCCCUCGGCUCUCUUUGCAGCCGUGGGGACAGCCGGCCAGAGGUGUACCACUGCGAGGCGCCUGUUCUUACAUGAAAGCAUCCAUGAUGAAGUUGUCAAUAGACUUAAAAAGGCCUACGCACAGAUCCGUGUUGGGAACCCUUGGGACUCUAACGUCCUCUAUGGGCCACUCCACACCAAACAGGCAGUAAGCAUGUUUCUUGGAGCAGUGGAAGAAGCAAAGAAAGAAGGUGGCACCGUUGUCUAUGGUGGCAAGGUUAUGGAUCGCCCUGGAAAUUACGUAGAACCAACAAUUGUGACAGGUCUUGACCAUGACGCAUCCAUCGUACACACGGAGACUUUUGCCCCGAUUCUUUAUGUCUUUAAAUUCAAGAAUGAAGAUGAGGUCUUUGCGUGGAAUAAUGAAGUCAAACAGGGACUUUCAAGUAGCAUCUUUACCAAGGAUAUGGGCAGAAUCUUUCGCUGGCUUGGACCAAAAGGAUCAGAUUGUGGCAUUGUAAACGUCAACAUUCCGACGAGUGGGGCUGAGAUUGGAGGUGCAUUUGGAGGGGAGAAACACACUGGCGGGGGCAGGGAGUCGGGCAGUGACGCCUGGAAGCAGUACAUGAGAAGAUCUACUUGUACCAUCAACUACAGUAAGGACCUUCCUCUGGCCCAAGGAAUCAAGUUUCAGUAA